AUGGUGGUGUCCAUAGUGCUGCUUGUGGGGGUCCCGGGACAUGCCUUCAUUAUGGUGUUACUGGCCCUGAAGAGACGAAGCUGGAGCACCUCAGAUAUCUUUAUUCUGCACCUGGGUCUGACAGAUGUCCUUCUUCUUCUCACGCUGCCUUUCUGGGCUACUCAGGCUGCUCUUCCUCUGGGAUGGUGCUGUGGGCUGUUCUGGUGCAGGAUCAACGGAGCUUUGUUUAAUAUCAGCUUCUACUGUGGAAUGCUCCUGCUGUUGUUCAUCGCCGGGGAACGAUAUCUGAGCAUUGUCCGUUCGGUUCGACUCUUCACCCAAAAGACACCACGUCUGGCCCACAUCACAUGCCUGCUCAUCUGGAUACUUUCUGUUCUUCUGAGUAUCCCAGACUGGGUUUCAAUGGUAUAUUUAGAGGGAAAGACGAUAGAGGAUAAAGAUAUUUGCUCCUGCUUUGCAAAUAUGUACACACCAAAGUGGCAAACACCGUCUAGAAUCCUGCACCAUGUGACUUUCCUGCUUCCAGUUGUCAUCCUGGCCGUCAUCUUCUACUUCAUCUUAAAGCAGCUACAGGACGCAGAAACGCACGCUGGGCUACGGCCUGUCAUGCUCAUUCUAACUCUUGUUCUAGUUUUCCUUCUCUGCUGGACCCCGUAUAACGUCACGCUCAUCGUGGACACUUGGAAAAGCCGGCGGUCGAAAAAGUUUGUGCGCGCAGAUGCGGCUCUCUUGGCGACUCUAGCUCUAGCCUGCGUCCACGCCUGCCUCAGACCCCUCAUUUACUUUGGUCUUUGUGAAAAAUUCCAGGAAAGGACUUUGGCGGCUGUCAAGUGCAGGGGUGAGGAGUUGAAGGGGGAUUUGUGGGAGCUGGGAGUGGGGAGCGAAGAUGUGCCAGAGCAGUGCAGCAAUCCAGAAGAAAUGAAGCAAAUGAAUAACGUGGAGCAGUCGCAGACAGAGCAAUGCUAG